AUGGAAGAUCGCUUGCGUUUGACGCCUAAGAUCUUAGCUGAGGGCUUCGCGGGACCAGAAGCAGACUCACCUUGGGCUAGGACCUUCGAGCAAAGAGGAGCGAACAAGCAGUACCUCAAAGCGUGGCGCGCAGCGAACAAAGUUAAGCAAGCCGAGGCAAUCACGAAGUCACACAAGCCUUUUAGUUUCGUUGCGCCGUCUGAGUCCCUCGAUGUUACUCUCAAGGGCAAUUUUGUUUUGCAAAAGUCAGUACUGUUUUCCAAUUUCACCGACAAGGCCAACCAGGAUGUUCAAUCGAAGGAUGCUAGCUCGGUCUUGAAGGUCGACAAGGGCCUACUCGUUGAAGACAGCGAUGAUUUCGAGGGUGCCGAUGCUACAGCUGAUGAAGGUAUUACUGACUCUGACGAGGACCUCGAUAAGGAGAAUGUACCACCAUCGGUGGUAGACGACAGCGACGACUUCUAG